AUAAUUCUUUAUUGCCACAUAAUUUUCUGUGACGCGUUUCGGCACAAGCUGUGCCUUUGUCAAACAGGCGCUAUCUCGUAAACCUGGUGUAACAGCUGAUCUCCUUUUCAUGGCUGGUCCUCACAACUGCUGUGACAAGUGUGGAAACUUCAAGCAGGUUGUAUGUCCAAGGACCGGCCGGGACCCUGCUCUGCAGACAUCCCCCACCUUGUCCGUGGUCGAACUUGGGACGGAGCGGAUCUGUGAUGGUUGCCUUCCCACGGCCUUGAAGGGGUUAAACGGCGUGCGCUGUGCGAGAGCCGUCUUUUCAAGCGGAAUGAAGGCAGAUGACAGGAGGAUAUUAACAAUUUUGGCCUGAAGGUACAGAAAUCCCUUUGUUGCCUUAUCCGUACUUCCAUACCUUGGAUCCAAGUUUGGGAAUAAUUACACUGAGGACUACACGUGGAUGGGGGCUUGAGACUGCUUCCGAAAGAAUGAAAGAAUCCCCAUGAAACGAGUGCUUUCAUCCUUCUGAAGAACCUGUGACGUGCCUGCCCCAUUUUAAGUGCCCCCAUUGAAGAGAAGUAAGAUGACGUGCAGAUUCCUCUAGCGUGAUCUGGCUUCUCUCCGGACAUGCCCACAAGCACCAUUGUCUUGAGACAGAUUACUUCAUGUAAAUUUGCACACACAAGGUCCCAAUAAUGGUUCUGCACUUUGGCUUAACCAAGAACUUUAAUACGAUUUUGCUCGAUACGGAUAUUUAUAUCUGUAUUGGAGCAUGACAAGCUACAGACCCUACCAAAACGAUGGAGUGGAGGCCAGCGGGACAUCCAUGAGAGCGAAUGAUGUCCUCCGAGGAGUGGAUUAUUAUCCACAGGGCCUGUGGGGACAGAGCAGCAAUGGCAUGCAACACUCUGCUGAAGCGUCCAAGUUUAGCUCUUUCACUCCGGCUAUGCCAAAAAUGGGAGUGCGUGCCAGGAUUGCCGACUGGCCUCCUAAAAAAGAGACUCAAAAAGAGACCAUGACCCCUAGCCCAUCAAGGGAGAUGGAAGGACCCAAAGAGUUCUACCUGCAAAGGAGCUUUCCUAAUGGACAACAUUUUCAGAGUAAUGGGGGCUCUCCGGGAUUUCGAGGCUUUCAUAGACUGUCAAGGAAGCGGUCCAAAGACAUUGAGUUUUUAGAUGGUUGGCCAAGGUCUCCGGGUCGGACAUUUAUCACUCUCCGGAACAGAAGCAAUAGUGAGACGACGCUAAGUGAAUGCGAUGUGGAUGUAUCUUUGGAGCCUAGGGGGUCAAAGCUAAGCAACGGGAUGCCUCUAUACAGAGAGUAUGGCAGCACAUCUUCUAUUAAUGUGCAAGGGGUUUCGGAGCAGAGCCUAUAUGAUAUGCUGAAAGACUUAAGAAAUGAAAAGCAUGACAAAGGAAGUGAUUCAACAAUUAGGGGAAGUGGUCUUCUUCAUGAGGAUUCAAGCAUCGCUUCUAAUCUCAACUUGGCAGCAGGCUCCAGAACAGAUCUGCGCAAUGGACAGUAUCAGAGAGACGACGGUACGUUAAAGGAUAAGCAACGAAAACGGGGCACCAAGGGCGAGACCAACGACUCCUCCAUCUUUCGAAAGUUGAGAAGCAACAAAAGCGAGAAUGAAAUGGGAAAGUCAUUCGUGGACCAGGAUGAAAGUCUUAAGCCUUGGAUCUGCCCCAAAUCUUUUGCCCAUUAUGAUGUACAGAGCAUGCUCUUUGACCUUAACGAAGUAGCCGCCAACCGAAAUUAUGUUGCCCAAAGGCGAAACACUACAACGGGAGCCUCUGCUGCAUCGGCCGUGUCCUUAGCAGUCUCUAAAGCUUUUAGUCUUGGCAACAUGGACCCCAGUUUCACCAGCACCGAAGACUUGAACUUUAAGGAGAACCUAGAACAUGACAUGGGAGACAAUAACAGCAACGACCUUCUUCUCAGCUGUCCACAUUUCCGAAAUGAGACAGGGGGGAUGUCCGAGCGCAACGUCAGCUUUUCCAAGGCUUCUGCUGGCUCGCCGAAUGGGACUGAAGGGGGCAUCUUGGAGCCCUCUCUUUCUAUAUACUGUACCAAUGCCAGUAUAUCUGUUUUGGAAGUUUCCAGGGAAAUGCAGAAGACACAAGGGAGAUUAAAACACUACAGUAUAGAACAUGUGGAUUUGGGAGCCCGGUAUUACCAAGACUACUUUCAUGGGAAAGAGCACUGUAACUACUUUGGAAUAGACGAGAAGUUGGGACCUGUUGCUGUGAGUCUGAAAAGGGACAAACUGGAUGAAAGCAAGGACCACGGUCCACAGUACCAGUACAGGAUCAUUCUCAGGACCAGUGAGCUCGUAACCCUGAGAGGUAUGAUCCACGAGGAUGCUGUGCCAUCCACAGCCAAGCACGGUACGGUUCGGGGACUACCCCUCAAAGACGUUCUAGAGGCAGUGAUCCCCGAGCUUAAUAUUCACGGUCUACGGCUGGCGAUGAAUUCCUCAAAAGUCACCGAGCAGCUUCUCAAGCUGGAUGAACAAGGGCUUUGCAGAAAGCACAAGGUGGGGAUCCUGUACUGCAAAGCGGGGCAGAGCUCCGAGGAGGAGAUGUACAACAACGAGAGCGCAGGUCCGGCCUUCGAGGAAUUCUUGUCUCUACUAGGAGAGAAGGUCUGCCUUAGAGGCUUCAGCAAGUAUGCCGCUCAGCUGGACACAAAGACGGACUCCACCGGGACACACUCUCUGUAUACCAACUACCAGGACUACGAGAUCAUGUUCCACGUUUCCACAAUGCUCCCGUACACCCCAAACAACCGGCAACAGCUUCUUCGGAAGAGACACAUUGGAAACGAUAUUGUGACCAUCAUCUUCCAGGAGCCUGGAGCUUUGCCUUUUACUCCCCAGAACAUUCGCUCGCACUUCCAGCAUGUCUUUAUCAUUGUCUGGGCACAUGAGCCUUGCACUGACAAUGUCUGCUACAGAGUGGCAGUGACCAGAUCCAAAGAUGUCCCUCCCUUCGGUCCUCCAAUUCCUAAUGGGGUAACAUUCCGUAAAUCCGACGUGUUCCGCGACUUUCUUCUGGCUAAAGUGAUCAAUGCCGAGAACGCGGCUCACAAGUCGGACAAGUUCCACACUAUGGCGACUCGUACACGACAGGAAUACCUAAAGGACCUGGGCGAAAACUACGUAACCAAUACUCCUAUCGACACCACGGGUAAAUUUAACCUGAUCUCUCUAACGUCCAAGAAGAAGGAAAGGACAAGGGCGCGGCUGGGUGCCGAGCUGCAGAGUUCGGGCGCCUUGUGUUGGAGAGUGAUGGCUCAAGACUUUUCUCAGGCAGCUGAGACGGAGUGUGCAUUGGGCAUCUCCAACGAGUUCAUGGUCUUGAUUGAGACCGCCACCAAGGAAGUGGUCUUUAACUGUUACUGUGCCGACGUCAUAGGGUGGACUCCAGAGCCGCUGUCCCUGAAGAUCUUUUAUGGCCGAGGUGAUCAUAUAUUAAUACGGGCAAUUGACGGGAAUGCAGAAGAUAUCCGGGAGAUUGUGCAGAGACUUAAGAUUAUGACCACAGGAUGCGAGACGGUGGACAUGACCUUACGCCGAAAUGGACUAGGACAGCUCGGUUUCCACGUCAAGUAUGAUGGUACGGUGGCAGAAGUGGAGGACUAUGGAUUUGCAUGGCAGGCUGGUCUGCGGCAGGGCAGUCGACUUGUCGAAAUAUGCAAGGUGGCCGUGGUGACCCUUACCCAUGACCAGAUGAUUGACCUUCUCCGCACGUCGGUCACGGUGAAGGUGGUGAUCAUACCGCCCCAUGAGGAUGGAGUCCCUCGAAGAGGAUGGUCCGAGUCCUAUGAACUCAGCUGCAUGGACCAGAAGGACGCAGAGAAUUCCACGUCUGGUUCCCGGCCACCCUUCCGCAGCAACACCGCCGCCUGGCAGUGGAGUGGCUCUGCCACCCAUCAGGGGGCGAGUCCAUCUCAGAAGUGGGUUACCCCAACCUAUGCACAGUCGCUUAACCGGCUACCCAAGCAGGGUCCUGCGGUGCCUGUCCGAGACCCCCUGCCGCUACACAACAACAGAAGGCCGGUGAGUUAUCCGGAGACGCCGCAUGUCGCCACAUCCCCAACAGCCGUCGACAAAGUGCAGCCGUACAGACACCAGUCUGGGAGCUUCUCUACACCAGCGUCUACUGGGGCCGGAUACAGCCGCUAUAAACCCACUGCGGACAGGUUUGGCACCCCGCAGCGUACCAUUCUACAAGCAGAGUCCUAUGGGGCACAGGAUGGCUUGUCCAGUCAGGAGAUGGCCGUAGAUAGACAAAAACCAGAACCUCUGUGGCACAUCCCAUCGCAGCCCCGAGUCAGUGUGACCAAGAGACCUAACAGACAGGAGCUGGCUGGCAAGAGUUCUCCUCACCGCCAUUCAAGGGGAGAGGCCCAGUAUUCUAGUCACUCCAGCAGUAACACCUUGUCCAGCACGGCCUCCAGUAACCAGAGUGACGAGCGGUGGUUCGAUCCCCAAGAGCAGCCGGAUAUAGACCUGGAGCCCCUUUUUAAGGGCACGUCGAAUGACAGUGGCAUCGACACUUCCCUGCCCAAUUUUGCGCACUCUAAGCCAGCCAGGCCAACUCCCCGUCGAGAGAAAGUGCAGAAACCCAUGGCGUGCUCCACUUACCCCGGCAUGCAUGAGAGCAGCUCUCGGGACAAGAGGAAAGAUCAGAUGUCCUCUGGAAAAGGUUACAGACCCAAAAUGUAUCCGCCUGGUAACGGUGCAGCUGAAGCCUUCAAUGACUCAAGAUCCAACGCGUAUAAAUCCCCUGACGGUUCCAGGAACCAGCAGAUGUCACAGUCAAGCUCCUUCCAGCUCUCCAGCUCUGUGCCCAAAUCUUUUUUCUCUCGUCAGAACGUGAGGAAUAAGAUCCCAGCUGGCUGGAAAAAGCCAGAGGAAACACCACAAAGGCCAACCACAUUUACAGACCCCAAAAAACAAGUAGAUGUGAACACAAAGAACGUGUUUGGCCAGCCCCGGCUGCGGGCCUCACUGCGAGACCUCCGAUCACCUCGCAAGAAUUACAAGUCGACCAUUGAGGAUGAUCUGAAGAGACUGAUUAUUAUGGACAAUCUGGGGCCGGAGCAGGAGCACGACUGCAUGUCACCUCAGAAAGCCUUGCAGAGAACCCUUUCUGACGAGAGUCUGUGCAGUGGACGCAGAGAUGCAGGAUUCGCCUGCUCCCCGUCAGUGGACUCUGCCCGGGGCAGUGACGUCUUCUAUAGCAACCCAUAUCCAUCCAGUACUCUCCCUGUUCGCCGCCAGCUCCAGCCGGGAAUGCCUGAGAAAUCUGCCACCAUCUUGUCUUCAGAGCUGUCACUUACAGAGAUUCGGGAUUCCAACUCCAGGCAUGUAGACCCAGGGAUGAUGCCGCUGCCAGACACUGCAGCAGGCCUAGAGUGGUCCAGUCUAGUCAGUGCAGCCAAAGCCUACGAAGUGCAGAGAGCCACCUCACUCUUCUCUCUGAAUGAAGCUGUACUGAGUCCUGUGCAAAGUGGCGGCACAGCACACCUCAGCCUGGAGAGGCACCACACGCCGCGCACCACUCCCACCUCAAGUGAUGAAGUGGCCCCUGACCUCACCGGAAAAGUUCUGCAGCUUGAGGUCAUGUUGAAACAGCUUCACACAGAUCUUCAAAAGGAGAAACUAGACAAAGAGGUGCUGCAGGCAGAAGUGGCGAAUCUCCGACAUAACAAUCAGCGACUGCAGGCAGAAUCGCACUCGGCCAGCGAGCAGCUGAGGAAAUUUGCAGAGAUCAUUAAUAUUACUGUGGAGAAAAAGGAUCCUUGAGGUCCAAGGAGGUGACUGAGCCUUCGAUGGGGGGGGGGGGGGGUACACAGAGCUCACGAUAUGGUACAUCCCACCGCAGGAGGUGGUCUCUCCUCUUCAAGAGCCCUGCACUAUAGGACUGGAGUUUGUUUUUGUUUUUUUGUUUUUUUUCUUUUAUGAUGAUGGAUGCACGUUUUCUCAGUUGUCACUUUUUGCAUUAAUGUUAUUUUUCUUCAUGUACAGAAACAUUUUCCUCCUUUGUAGAUUUGUAUAAAUUAGAAAGCUGAGGAGAGAGGGGGGGGGGGGGUUGUAUUUUCGGCCGUAUCGCCUGCACAAGUUUCCGUAAGGAAUUAUGCAAAAAUGGAAAGACUCUCAGGCAGGCGUAGGGCGAAAUACCUUCUGGAAAGUAAUGUUAUAUAUAUAUAUAAAUAUAUUUAAAUUGUAUAGCAAAAAAAAGUUAUAUAUGGGGAAAAGGUCUUUGGAUGAACCCAUAAGUAAUGUUAGAGUUUCAUACAGAGUUAUUUUAAUAUGACGCCAGUCUGACUGGAAACAGGAUCUUUCUGUGUAUAUUUUGUUAAUAUGACCUGUAUAUAAAUCAUCUCUUUUGUUAAUGGGAA